CCCAAACAAUAAGCGGUCACAACCUUAUUAUUCUUACCUAUAAAAGAAGACAAUCAGAGGCAUGAGUGAUUUGAUGUGAUACCUAUCUAGCAGCCAAUGUUAGUACUGCACAUGGACUCGGAUGACUGGGCAUAUAAAUUAUUGAUAGAAGAUGGGACAGUCCACGUGUGACUUUCAACGUGGCAGAUCGUCGUAGUUAUUAUAUCAAACGAAAACAUGGCGGAGGCUGGCGAAAUUAUCGUGAAUAUGGCAGAGUUGGAUCGUUACGUGGUCAGCUGUAUGAUGGCCAGCGGGGCAACAGAAGACAGCGCACGUGUUUUGUCUGACCUCCUCGUCACCGCAGACUACCGCGGCCACUACACCCAUGGACUGUGUCGUAUUGAUGUGUACACGUCAGAUGUUAAGUGUGGGGUGACAUGUGGAGGCGGGAAAGACCCGACGGUUGUCAAGGAGACUGUCGCUACAGCACUCAUCGACGGAAACAACUUGUUAGGUCCAGUGGUGGGGAAGUUCGCGAUGGACGUGGCUAUCCAGAAGGCGAAGACAGCUGGUGUUGGUAUCGUCACUGUCAGAGGUUCAAACCAUUACGGGAUAGCGGGAUGGUACAGUCUCCGGGCAACCAAACAAGGUCUUCUGGGUAUGUCUAUGACGAAUUCAGACAAAGUCAUGAUACCAACACGAUCAAAAACAAGGUCUCUAGGUACGAAUCCUCUCAGUAUGACGGCUCCCGGGAAGGACGGUGACAGUUUUGAGCUGGACAUGGCCUGUACUACCGUAGCCUGGGGUAAGGUUGAAAUUAAAAAGAUGAAAGGCGAGACGUUACCGACCGGUUGGGCUUUAGACAAGGGUGGUAAGGAAACGUGUGACACAUCAGCUGUUGCGGGACUACUUCCGUUAGGGGGUCUGGAACAAAACAGUGGUUACAAGGGUUACGGCCUGGCUAUGAUGGUGGAAAUCCUAACCAGUGUGUUGUCCGGGGCGGAGAUGUGCUCGUUUGUUAGGAAGUGGAAAACUUACGAGAAACCUGCUAACCUGGGUCACUGUUUCUUGGCCAUAGAUCCGGGAGCUUUUGCAGAAGGAUUCACAGACAGGAUGCAGAACUUGAUGGAUCACAACCGCAACCUUGAGCCGGUGGAAGGUGAGGAGGAGGUCCUGGUGGCUGGAGACCCAGAGAGACAACAUAUGGCACUUUGUGAUAAGCUAGGAGGAAUUCCGUACCACCCGAACCAGAUAGAGUUCCUGGAUGACAUCGCCAAAAGUCUUGGUGUGGAUCCGUUAGAACACGUGACAAAGAGCUGUUGAUAGUAUGGACACAAAUCUAUGUACGUCUCUGGUAUUACCUGUAUCAUUGUAGUAUUAAUAAAUCAUGAUAGAAUGAA